UGAAUGAUAGCCUAGUGCAAUGCAACAGCCAUUCAUCCAGCCAACGAUCCAUUAACUAGUCAUGAUGGUGUGUUUCUUCAGUUAGACAAUGGAAUUUAUCUGUUUUUCUUUAACGGCUUUUGUGUGAAAUGCAACCAACGGUGUGGCUCAAAAGAAAAUAUGGUAGUACUACCAACGAAAACGUUGUCACAACAUAAACGCCGAAGACGGCUUUGAAAGAAACAAACAAAAAAAAAAUGCUGUUAAUUUUUGUUUUCGAAACACGAGAGAGAGAGGUUCAUGGCUAAUAAAAUCCGAUUCAUCACUUUAGUUGGGCAUUUGUUUUCAAGGUGGUCGGUUCGUGUCGGAUACGUGCGUUCAAUAAAUCGGUAGCAGUGCGCGCAUGAGCUGUAAUAGACAAUUUACAAAACAUAACGGAUUAACUUCCAUUGAUAAAUAAAUAAUAAACAAAAAUAUUAAGAAAAGACACGAAGGUUCGCAGCAAGCUACCGCUCAAAUAUUGCAACAACAACAACAACAGCAACACCAAAAGCUUUAAAAGAAAACAAAACUUAACAAACUAGCAUGUGCUGUUGAAGAUGUUCCGUGCCAAUAAUUAACUAUAAAAAGCAAUUGCCAGCAAUGCAUAGUUGAUUACGUUUUACAAAACCCCAUAAAAAAGGAUAUUAUCAAGCAAAAUAUGUCUGCAAUAUCAGACGACACUUGUCAACGAAGUCUUUGCUUUAACAUUAACAACAGCAACAAUAACAAAAAGAAAAAACUCCUUCAAUAUUGCCACCAGUUUCCAGUACUUUCAUGCCAACAACAAAUAUGCAGCAAUGCUGUUCGGUUUGCAAGAAAUGGUAAAAGUUAUGACAACAGCAGUAAUAGCAAAAGAAACGGCAACAAAAUUAGAUGGAGCUUGGGUUGGUGGUGUCUAUUAGCCACACACUUGUUUAUUGCCAAUCCAGCGUUUGCACAGCCACCACCACCACCAACACCUCUUGACGAGGGUCUAUAUCUGCAGCAGCAGCAGCCGCAGCUCACCAAUGCCAAUAACAUUUACAAGAUCUAUAACAGAGAUACAAUUGUCCAACAAUCCACUGAAAACUUGGCCAACGAAAAUCUAACAUCACCACAAAAUAAAGGACGUCGUCAAUAUGCGGCAGCAUUGCAAGAUAUUGAUAAAGAAGUAGUGGAACGCCUUAUCAGGCAAUGGGCACCUGUGGUAUGGCUGGCGCCUGAAGAGAAAUUCAUGCCGCUGGGAGUAGAGGAAUUCUUGGCCCAUGUGCAUCCCGAGAGCAAGGACAACUCAUUCACACCGGGUAUAUCAUUUGGAGAGAACUCUGAGAAAUCAUAUUUGGUGACAAAUGCAGAAAUUGAUCAACUGCUGGAAAAUGAAACAUCAUUUAUAUAUGGACGUAAUCCAAAUGUAUCACCAGUACCCAUAUAUGCUGUGGUCACAUUGUGCAAUACGGAACAAUUGCCUUUGCCGCAAUCACCCAAUAACAAUCAAAACAUAAAUAUACAACAGCUUCCCUUAAACUAUGCUCCACCAGUUCUGCCUCCGGGACCACCCUCGGUUCCCUUAGCUGUAGUACAACAACAGCAACAAAGAUAUGCUCCACCACAUCCCCCAGAAAUAACUAAAGCCACACGUGGACCUUAUAUCCCCGUCACCUUGGGACCACAAGAUCAAUUUAAUAACACCAUAAGGCGUUCUUCUCGUCUGUAUCCCCUUUUCAAGCGGACAAGGCGUAACAUUACUCCGGUAUAUCCCAACAACUUGGCCACACCACAGUUACCAAUUACACCAUUUGAUUUGGUAAUGGGAGAAAGUGCACCAGUACCAGAACUAUUAACAGCCACAAUGCCGCCAACAAGAGAUUCCGAUACCACUGAUGACACAGAGAAUGUUAACAAUUUUAUUGCCAACUUAUCGGAUAAUGUUAAAUUCAGCAUACCCUUUAAUGACCAGGAGAAUAUUUUGGACAAUGAAAAUAAGCAGCAAACAUUUGCCUAUAGGGAAGGUACACCGGUGCCAUCCUUUCAUGUUACAUACUGGAUGUUCUAUCCAUAUAGCCAAGGGAAAAAUAUGUGCACAUUGAAAUUGGGACCAUUUGGUCGUAUACCAUUUCCGGCAGUCUAUGGCUACUGUUUGGGACGCAAAAAGGAUAUUGGCAGUCACAUUGGGGACUGGGAGCAUAUGACAUUGUAUUUUACGGGAGCUGCGGAGCCUGAGGCCAUGUAUGUCUCGGCUCAUGAUGCAGGGGCCUACUACACAUAUAAUCGUCUGACAGGUUCGUUUGAAUUCAAAAGACAAGAGACGAGAAAGGGUAUCUUGCAAAGGCCGAAUUUUCCCAAAACAGUUACAACUUUUAAUGAUCAUCCUGUGUUGUUUGCAGCAAAGGGUUCUCAUGGUCUAUGGACUGCGCCAGGCAAACAUCGCUUUGUCAAGGUGGCUCGUUUGUAUGACAUAAAUGGCUUUGGUACACCUUGGAAUACAUGGAAAAGUGUAACAAUCACCUAUGAAAAUUUGAAAUCAUAUGGACGUUCGUUGGCUCCCACUUGGCUUUCAUUCAAAGGCAAGUGGGGUAAUCCGAAGAGUAAAUGUCAUCCCUUGAGACGUAUUGGUUUGAACUUUUGCGAGUACACAGACGGACCCACUGGUAUACCAUUGAAGGAGCCACAUUUUCAAUGCGGUGCCUCCUAUAGACGAUAACGACAUGAAGUUUAUGUUUUAAGGAGUAUAACAGUAUUUCAAUUUGUUACUGCAUAAGUUUUGGGUGGUAUUUAUUUAUUCUAGACAAUUACUAUUAUAUUGUUCAACUGUUCUGUUAUUUGGAAAAUUGUUGAUAAUAAAAAUAAUAUUUUUACACAUUUUU